AUGACAGAGGAUCCAGCAUUAUUACUGAAAACAUACAUUAAAGAUGGAGCAGAUGGAAUGGGUGAUGUUUCUGUACACUGGGAAAAAAAACAAGAACGUUGCUAUUUGAAAGGAAAAAUUUUGAGAAUAUAUACAAAAGAUGGUUGGAGGAGACAUGAAAUAGCGUUUUUCACAUCGAUGAUAGAUGAAAAAUUUGAUAGAUCUGAAUCUGGAUUAGCAGGCAGUGGGUCUAGUUACAUAUGCACUUUAUGUGAAGCAACAAGGGAGACUGCAAAAUCUGAAUUAGGGUUAUUCAAUGUUACAAGAACUUACAAACAAACAAAGGAAAUUGAUGAUUACAUUAAAAUAAAUCCUGAUAAUCUUAGUCAAGCAAAAUUGGAUCAAAUAUAUGUUGGUGUAAAGCAGGUGCCUAUAAUAUGUGCUGACGCAAUCGAAAAAGGAAUUGACUCUACACAUGCUGAUAUAAAUAUGGCUAGCUUUUCCAAGAAACUGAUAGUAAGAGAAAUUGUUGGAAUCAGUAUCUGGGAGAUGCAGGCUGAUAUAAAAGUUCUACUUUUAGAAACAGAAUUUGAUAGGCACAUGAGGCUGAAAACAGGUAUUAACCCUGCUCUAAUGAUGCCUGGAAAUUAUGCAAGAACUGUUUUUGAUGUAAAAAAUGAACACAUAGUAUGUGAAUUAAUAGAAUCAGUUGAAGAAGAAAUUUAA